CCUGCCUGUCUGUCAGGCGUGCGGGUGCUGGGGGCGUCAUCAGCCGUGUGACAGCGGUGCGCUGUCUCCCCUUCCAAAUCGGGGCUAUAGGCGCUUAUCUAGUGAUAUGAGAAACAGUUGCUUGCGCAUCUCUCGAGUCGUAUCUGGAGUGAGCGUGUGCGUCUGUCAGACACAAGAAGCUGGAUUCAGGAAACGGCUUGGGAAUUCUCGAGUGGCUCUGAGAGUGUUUCGGGGACUCCACACUUAGUUAAUGCCAAUUCCUUGUAAGAGCGAUGCUUGUAGGAUCUCAGCACCUGGGACACCAUAGUUACAGAUAAACAUCUAUAAUAUAAUUUCCUGAAGAAGCAACGAUGAAUUGGUCCACCUUUGGUGGGAAAGUAUUUGUCUUUGUUAUUGUUAGCAGGUUUAUGGAAAAUGCUUUUCUGUCAGCUGAAGCAAUAGAUGGAGACAUUCUACCACCUACAAUCCAGAAGCUCAUGAAAGGAUAUAAUAAAUACCUGCGGCCUUUCUUUGACAAUGGACCAGUUACUGUUGGUAUGAGCCUGGAUAUUGCGAGUAUUGACACCAUAUCUGAAAUUAAUAUGGAUUAUACAGCUACUAUAUUUCUGAGACAACGCUGGACUGAUGAACGCCUCUGCUUUGAAGGAAAUAAGAGUUUGAGUUUGGAUGGACGACUAGUGGAGUUAUUAUGGGUGCCAGACACAUUUAUAGUGGAUUCCAAAAAAUCUUUCCUUCACGAUAUCACAGUGGAAAACAGGUUAAUCCGAAUAUUUCCAAACGGAACUGUGCUUUAUGCAUUAAGGAUAACAACAACUGUUGCCUGCAACAUGGAUUUAACAAAAUACCCAAUGGAUAAACAGACAUGUACUCUUCAGUUAGAAAGCUGGGGUUACAAUGUCAAUGAUGUCAUGUUUUACUGGACCAGAGGAAAUGAUUCAGUGAGUGGCCUGGAUACAUUGCGCUUAGCCCAGUAUACUGUGGAAGAUUACUAUACCUCAGUAUCAGAAGCCAUUUAUGAGACAGGCCAGUACCCAAAAUUAAUAUUUCAUUUUGAGCUGAAAAGGAACAUUUUGUAUUUUAUACUCGAGACAUAUGUUCCAUCAAGUCUGCUCGUUGUACUUUCUUGGGUGUCAUUCUGGAUCAGCCAGUCUUCAGUUCCAGCCCGAAUAUGCAUAGGUGUCACCACAGUUUUGACAAUGACAACUCUGAUGAUGGGAGCCAGGACCUCGCUUCCAAAUGCUAACUGCUUCAUCAAGGCUAUUGAUGUGUAUUUGGGAAUUUGCUUCAGUUUUAUAUUUGGGGCUUUAAUUGAGUAUGCAGUUGCACACUUCUGUACCCUUCAUCAUCCUGAUGCAGCUAAAAUUAUAUCGUAUGGACGUGAAUUGCAGAGAAUUGAAGAUGAGAUGAAUGGAGCAGUGACAACAAUUACAAGCAACUCCAAAUGCCCAAAACCCCAAGAUGAUGACUCCAGUUUAAGUAAAUGCCCUCCCUCUGAAAGUGAACCAAAAGGGGAAAGUAAAGAACAAGAGGACCAGUGUACUAAGGUUUAUUACCUCCUAAAGAAAGUGGUCUGCUUUUUAAACUGCUGUCAAGUUGAAAACCCACAUUACAUAGAUAAUUAUUCAAGACUGUCGUUCCCACUUUCGUUCAUCAUUGUGAAUCUGCUGUAUUGGAUGUAUUAUCUUUAUUUAUAAAAACUGUUGGAUUCACAAAAAAAAAUUAGAAAGCAAAAAAUUAAAUAAAAUAAUUUGCAAAGUGUAGUACAGAAAAUACUCUAGGAACCCAGAGUACUGUGUAUGCAACUUGCAGUGAAUCUGAAAGACAGGAAGCUGAUGUUUUUAAGGGUUGAGACCUCACGCAUGUAAUCAUAUAAGAAAGCAACUCUGGAAUAAACCCUUUGGCUCAGUAUAUUUUCUAUAUUCUUUUGUGGAGUGAAAUGUUCGCAAGACUUAAUUCACUGUUUCAACUUUUGUCCAUCAGCAAAUAAAGGGAAGUACAGUCUUUAGCCAUUUAGUUAUUUAUUUUUGUGCUUUUCUUAUGCUACAGCCACUGAAUGUACAAUCAAUGCAAACUAUUAAUAGGUUUUGCAUCCUUUAACAAACAAAUAUCUGUAAACGCAUUUCUGCCUGUGUAUAUUUUAGUAUAAAACAAAUAAAUAAUGGUCUCAUCUUGUUUAGAUCAUAUUGAAUGUAUGCAAAGAAAACCUGAAAUAGUUUUAGUCUUUGUUUUCUGAAAUACCAGCUCACUAUCUGUCCAUGUUUUGCAUUAUGGAUUAUAAGACACCACAACCUUGUCCGCUGCAUGGCAUUCGUGAUAAUCAGCAUCCGCAUUAUCUACCCUUCAAAGGUAUCCCAAAAAGAAUAUGCAUUUUAAAUUUAUCAAGCAGUGCCCCUUCUGGAAAGAAAAUGUACCCUUUCAUAAAUAUACAGCAUGUGUUCCAAUGGACUGUCUGAUUUUUAAAAACCCUACAAGUUAAAAUUUUGUAUGAUUGUUAUAAUCAUUUGCUUGAUGUGUUAGUUGUAGGGAAUAAACAGUUGUGUUCCCUAUCAACCCUUUGUAUGUGUGAAUGUCUUCGUUUCAAGUACAGGUAUCCACUGCUUAAUGUUCACAAUACAUUCUGUGAAAUAUGAUGUUAUGUGAUUUGGACAGUGUGCGAACACCAUAUUAUAUGCAUAUACAGUACUCAGCAAAACUUUAUGAGAUACUGUAGUGUAGCUGAUUUGACUAAAUACAGAGACAUAACGCUACAACGAUCCAGAGAUGCAUGAUAAAUGAGAUUGGGUGCUGCUGCCCAUGUGCCAAACCUUACUACUGUUAAAAUAAAAGUUCACAUAAUGAAAGCAAGUACAUUACAGUACUGACCUUGCAAUCGCUUUGUAUACAAGAGAGUUGAGAUUCACAUUUUGCGGACUGGAAGCUGUUGCGUUUAUUACGUCAGGUUACGAACGCUACAUCCUGUUCCCCAAAUAGGAUUUCCAAACCUUAUGGGACCAAGAAAGUAUAUGCAAUCGGACAUUGUCUGAACACACAUUAUGUAGUGCAAAACUGUAUUUGAUUUUGAAAAUAUGAAGUUAAUCGACAUUCACACUUAACUUCAAUUAUUAAUAACAUUUUUAUUUCCAAUUUGUAAAAAUUACAUGUCUUUGAAAGAAGAAAAUUAACAAGCAAUAUUUUCACCUACAUAAUUGUUUUACUUGCUGGACCUAAUGAAGAAAAAGUAGAAACAUCUGACAAGUCUUCCGUAGUUAAAAAAUGAAAGUGACAAUUUUUGAUUUGGUCAUUCAGCAUUGAAAAGCCUUUCACAGUAAGAAGUAACAUUUAAAAUAGUGCAAGAACAAAUGAAAAGAGGUGAUUGGCUUCUCAGUCCUGGUAUUAUUAUUUUCUAAAUUACCCUGAAUAAGGUAUCUUCUAAAACAAGAGGCAAGAAAACCCCAGUCAUUGCUACAGAGCAGUGAAGUAUUAGGUGUAGUGACCUAAAUUAAUUCCAUGUGGGAUGAAGAAGGAAGUUGUCAAAUGCAAACACACUGAGUACUUAAAAUUAUAUCUAUCCAAGAAGCCCUUCUAUUUCCCUACAUGUAUAGAGCCAAAUGUUUAAUAAUAUCACUAGACAUAUAAAUACAGCUCCUAAAUAUAUUGAUAUUUUUGUUUCAGUGCAGAGGGAAUGUCACAUCAGCGCUUGCAGUGACUCAAAAAGUGAGAUGUCUUCUAUUGAUUUUGAGCACUGGACACAGCACUACUGCACUUUAUUUUAACAUCCUUAUUAGUUAUUUGUCAGUCGGUUUAUUGAUAAGGGGUACAUAUGGUAAUAUUUAAAGCCACAUGCUGAUCUUUCAUGGGUUACUGUAUGAAUGCUCAGUUGCAGAAAGAGACACCUGUCAUAUUCUGUUAUUCCUAAACAUCUUUGUACUGUCUCAAUUUUUGCUUUGCUUGCCAAGAAAAAUCUACAGUUUAUUCAUGUAUUUCUGUUUUGAUGAAACAUGCUUCAUGAUAGAAAGAAGUAUUGUAAAAGUUCCUAUUUUGUGAAUUUGUCAUUGAAAUUAGAUGUUAAUAUUUGCAGUGUGUUGUGCAAAUCUGUGAUUAUUCUUGCUUAUUCUUCUUCUUACUUGUGAUUGUCAUGCAUUUUUAUAUGGCAUUUUAUACUGACAAAGACAGAGGGCACCUACAGGAAGAAAAUAUGCUAAAUGAUAAGCACAAUUAAAUUGAAUCCUAACUAGAUCCUUAUUUAUUUUAUUAUGAACUUUGUAAAGUGCCUUUACAAGAAUCAUUUUGCUCAUUGUAAAAGCAAAUACGUAUAUACAUUCCUAUAAGUCCAAUUCAUGGUGUGGGGAGGGGUGUAACCUAUUCUGGCCACACUGGGUGCAGGACAGCAACCUACUCUGGACAGGACCCGUUUGUGAUAGUGCCCACUAACGCAUGCACAUACCUCCACUAACACUCAUACACAGCCAAUUAAAAUGAAAAUUAUACUGCAAAACUGAAUGGGCACAGACAGUUGCGGACACGGAAAGAGGACCCGUACCCUGUUCUGUUUGUAGUACGAUUGUAUGUGCAUAGCACUGUGUGCAGCUCCUCUUCAAAUGCGUCCAUGCUGCUGUUGUGUGGCAUAUGUUGACAAAAGACAGGUGUGCACUAGACUGUGCACACACAAAAUUCCGCACAACAUGACACCUGACAAAAUUUUCGCAACAUGCACUCUUGCAGCUAUUCAGAUGCACAAAGCAUACAUGGACAUUUAGAGUUUCUAGUUAAUCUAAUCUGAGCAUCUCUGAGGAUGUGUGUUGAAAACCAGAGUACCUGGAAGAAAACUUGGUCAGAGGCAGAGAAAUGUGCAAACUCAUGGGUGAUGAACAAUUGUGGGAUUUAAACCUAAAAUUCUGGAUUCUGGAUUGAUGAAUCAGCAGUGAUAAGUAUUGUGCCACCAUGACACCCUAACAAAAUAAUUAUUGCACAUUUAGUAAUCAAUUGCAAUUUUGAUGCAGACUAAUAAAAAGUACUCAUGAAAUAUAAGAGCUUGUAUCUGCAACCCACUAGAUCCAGAGAGAUAACCUUGUAUUUUUUUGUGUGAUCUACUUCCAUACAGGCAGUGAUGCAUCCUUCUAGUAUGUUUUCAAUAGCCACAUAAUAGCAGGACUUCAGGACUCUACUCAACAUUUUGAAUUUCAUCAGUUAUCUGAGAUGAUAAAGGCCAGAAUGUCUUUGUGUGGCCCAUGUUAAGUCAUUCCUGAUGUUGAUUCCCAGGUAUUUGAAACACUCAGCCUUUUCCAUUGCAAUACUGUUAAUGAACAGAGAUGUGUAUUCACUUACAGUACUUGCUUCUCAUUCUCCCAGCUGAAUUCCACAAUGCACUCUUUUAUUUUGCUGACAUUAAUGACAGACUGUAUUCCUGACACAAGAAGUGUGUGAUUAGUGUGCUGGAAGUCAAUAGUCAGUUCCUUGGUUUUGCUGAUGUUAACUUGCAGUUCUUAUUGCACCAAGAAACAAAGUUCUCCACUUGACUCCAAUACUCUGUCUAAUCCCCCUUAUUGAUUGAUACAUUCCAUAAGUGCAGAGUCAUCUGAGAAUUUAUGCAAAUGACAUGACCUGGUAUUAUAUUUUCAGUCUGUGAUGUACAAAAUGAACAGAAAAGGAGACAGGACUGCUUUUUGUGGUUCUCCAGUGUUGCUCAAAUCCACAUCAUAGACGCAGUUCUAGAGUCUCACAAACUGCUGUCUGAUAGUCCAUUACCCAGGAGACCAUGGGCUCAUCCACUUGCAUAUUUCUGAGCUUACAUCUUAACGGGGAUGGCUGGAUGGUAUUGAACGCACUGGAGAAAUCAAAAAACAUAAUCCUCACAGUGUUGCCAGCUUUAUUUAGGUAAGAAUAAGCCUCGGGAGUAAUAGAUAAUUGCAUUCUUCACUCCAAACCUUUGUCUGAAAGGCAAAAUGCAAUGGGUCCAGGUGGUCUACCACAAAAAGACUUAUAGUCCAGGAAUAACCUCUCAAAGGUCUUCAUGAUGUGAGAUAUAAGUGCAACUAGUCUGUAAUCAUUAUAUGUAAAGGCACCUACUUUCUUUAAUUCAGGAAAAAUGCAGGAUGUUUUCCACAGCAGUGGCACUUUCUGAAGCUUUAAAGUCAGACUAAACAGGUGACAGAAGAUACCACAAAGUUGGUCAGCACAGGCUGUAAGAACUCGAGGACUGACUCCACCUAGUCCCUCACCUUUUCUUGUGUGUAGCUUGGUCUUCAGUUAUGGACAGCUCCUACUGAUGAUCAGAGUUGGAUUCAUCACUGGUCAUUCCAGUUGAAGUGGCAGGAGUUGUUAAUGUAAUAGGGAUGGUGUGUGGGUUUUGAUCAUUGUACAAUAUUGGCAAUAGGAGAACAAAUCCAUUAAAAAAUUGGUCCAUGGCAUUAGCUUUCUCUAUACACCCUUGUAGCACAUAAGCCCUGGACUGAUUGAGUCCAGUAAUUAUGCCAAGUUCAUUCCAGACAUCGUUCUUCUAUAACUUUGCAAGCUUCCUUUUCUUCAGCACUUACUGGGCAUCCUUCUGAGCUUCUUUCUCACUGGAUUUGAAUGCUCUCUUUUCCUCCUUUAGGGAACUUUUAGUACCUUAGUAAUCCAGGGCUUGCUGUUUGGAAAGCAACACACUGUCUGAGAGUACCACAGUGUCAACACUAAAGCUAAUAUAGCCUGUAAUGCAGUGACCGAGUACCUUAAUAUUAUCCCCAUGUGACUUACACAUCGUUUUCCAGUCUGUCAUAUGGAAUAAGUCAUUCUGAGCGAUUUCAGCCUUCAGGCUUCACUUUCUCACUAUACUGGUGGUAACAGGUUGCCGUCUAAUAACAAGCUGGUAGCUGAGAAUAAAAUGACUCAAGUUGUGGUGAUAUCUGCCUAAAAUUGCCAGAAGUAUAUACUUUAAGGUAUCUUUAACAUUUGAAUAGAGCAGUUCUAGCUUGUAAUUUCCUCAAGUGGAACAUGAUCCAAACUGAUGGAAGUUUAUCAUUGUUCCUUCCAAGGUCAAACCACAUAUUAUAACUGCAGGGUCAGAAUGAUUCAUCAUUAAAGUGAUAAUGACUGAGUGAACCAUUUUCAUUGCUGAGUCCACAUUUGCAGAGGGAGAGAUAUAAAAAUUAAUAAGAAUGGUAUAGCUCCUCUCCCUGGACAAAUAAUGUGGAUAAAUUCUGUUGGCCAAAAUUUCAAUGUUUAAAUCACAAACUUUAAUAAGCUCCCUUUUACACAUCCCCAUUCCUGUAUUUUUUCCACACCACACUGGAUCUAUUCGAAUAAGAUGAAAUCCACCCAGCAUUAAAACAGUGUCAGGUUGAUCAGGUUUAAGCCAGCUCUCUAUAAAACAGAAAAUGCCACUGUACUUGUAUGCACUUUGACAUACAAUGACAGCAGAGAGUUCAUGCAUCUUAUUUGAGAGCCAUCAAUCAUUGCUCAUUACAAUGGAUGGCAGACCAGUUAUGAAUCCUUUUCACUUUGCUUUUAUUCUCACGUCUGUCUUUGGACGAACAAUAGUUGUGGUACAUUGAAACUCAUCUGCUUAGCUGCUUGUGAUUACAGCGUAAAUUGCUGAUUACUGUUUAUAUUUAAUACACCCUGCUUUUAUUUUCUCAGUCUCAUGCAUAUACAUGCAAUAUCUUCAUUGAACAGACAUGGAUUAUGUUAUGGAUUGGGCAUAACAUAACCAAUGCUCAGGAUACAAAUGAUGAGGUUACAGUCAAGUAUCACAAAAACCAUUUUACAUAGUUACAUACUGUAUGUUUUGUUCGCUACAUUUCUUAAAACCAGUUGUUGUACCUGAUUAGAAUAAUUUGAAUAAGUGUUGAGUAAUAUGACCAAAAAGCUGUGCAUGGCUGCCUUUUUUGCUGAACGUGUAUCCUUUGUGCUAGUGGAACUGCCUGUCUAAAUGGUGGAAUGCUGGAACAGCCAUACCCAGAAGUAGAUUUAGCUGACAAAAACAAACAACUGACAAAAUUGUCUUCAGUCCAUAUUUCCAGGAUUCUUUUGUAUAUAUUUUUGUUAAUAAAAAAGACAAGAUGGCUUCUCCCAUUUCUAUUGUCACAAGUUUAGUUUUGAUUUAGAAUGUUUCCCAUGGUAAAAAUGCAUGCUCUCUCUGUGUUUGCAUGAGUUACUUUAUUCUGUGACUUUAUCAGCAUUGACAAUGAGGUUUAGGAAAAGGUACAUUGUACCUUUGUAUGUGUUGAAUUCUGGGAAAAGUAUGAAAUAUUACUUGUUAAUUGUGUUCUGGAUAAAUAAAACUGCCCGUUUCCUGUUUAAUCUAUCAGAACUGAAAAAGUUAUACAUUUUGAUUUCUAAUGAUGGUAAAACACAGAUUUAGGGUCUUUUUUGCCAGGCCAGUAUAAUUGUAGUGACUAUUUCAUUCAUGUUGUUGCUUUUAAAAUGCAACAAAAUGCAGAAUGAAGAUUAUUUUUUUAGGUUUAUUAGAGUUAAUCAUUCACAUAAAUAUUCAUUCAUAAGUAAUUUUCAACAAGAGUAAUUUACAGUAAAAUAAAAUCUAUAUGUAACAGUAAAGCAUGAGAACACUAAAAUCAAAGUUCUGAAAACAGCAUUCAUUAAAUGUCAACUUUUUAUAAUGUCUGUGAGCAUAUACUGUACUAGUAGGAUAUGUUUUGGGAAUAACAAGCCAAUGAAAAUGUUCUGUACAUUUUUGCAGAUGUAUUUCUUUAAUUCAAAUGUUCAUAAUCUUUGUGUCCACUGUAAAUGCACACUGCAUGCUUCUUUUAUGGUGUUAAAUUGUCAUGAAUAAACUGAAUCUUUUUUAGUUUC